AUGUCUCAUACUGCUACCGUCAUGUCAAACCCACAGCCAGAGGAGAAAAAGAAGCAUCGCAGCCUCGGCCGCCUACUUGGCAAAAGAGACAAGACCCCAGAACGCCCUGACCCUCUUCCUGAUUCUGCAUACGGGAGCUCAGAAGCCAAUAGUGCGGAUGGCCCCGUGGCACGAGAAGAAACCCCCGAAGUCGUCUCCGCCGAGAAGAACAGUGAGAUAGCCAACAUCGAUCAGGAUCGAAACUUGGCUCUCAGGCCUUCCACCGGCGAGGUCUUUGAUGAAGACACGGGCGAAGUGGUGACCGUGGUGACGACCACCACGACAACCACCACUACUACAACCACAAAAGGGGGAAGGAAGCAACAAGAUGUACAAAAAGAUGUCAAGCGAGAGGUGCAACGCAGUCCAAAUCGGCCCAUGCUGCAGGAAAUGCCUGCGGAACCAUCAGGGUUCGAGCCCGGAGCAGCACCACCUACCACGACAUCUACAAGCACAGCCCAAGGGGGUCGAGCACCAGCACCAGCACCAGUAUCCAAUGGACGGUUGUCUGCCGAUCUACCUCCCGUGCCAGUCAAAAGUGCCAUGCGCAAAUCUGGCGAGAUGCGUCGAGGCAUGCCAGGAUCAAUGCCUGUCGACGACACACCUGUGAGCCCUGUAGACGGUCAUUUCGCAGGACACACAGGUAUGACGCCUCCCGAAAGCCCAUCGCGGCCCAAUUUCAGCUAUCCAAAGCGAUCCUCUCUAAAGACAAUAGACCAGCCAAUGAAACAUAACCAGAGUACGAUCAACGAUUUGAAAGCGGCCGCCAAAGGCAUUCACGGUGUAGGAGAAACUCUUCGCGGAACGUUCAGUUCCACUAUCGACAAACGCUUCCCGUCGAAGAAUGCUGAGAAGGCAGCCGUCAAGAAUGCUCGGAACGAUGAGAUUCUGCAGAAAGGUCGAGCCGAGAUGGAAGGCGUCCCAGGUGGAUGGCCGGGCUACGAACACAAGCCUGUCGAUGCGACCUCUUACCACGAACCCACCACUGUCCCCGUGAAUGAGGCACCCAGAACCACCACGCCGCCCGGAAAGGAGUCGAAAGGUAUCGGCAAACUUUUCAAGAGAAAGCCAGUGGCUGAACAAGGUAUGGAAACAAGGUGA